AUGUCGCGAAAGCAGGUCGACCAUGACUACAGCCUCCGUAGUAUGAGCAACCUGAUGGGCGAGCGGUGGAAGAAAGUGAACGACGGAGGAGAGCGGAGUCUCAUCAAGGCUCCGUCCAGCGCCAGCAUCAGCAGCCAGGGCGCCUCCGCCGGAGCUUCCGCCGCCGCUGCUGCUGCCCCAGCAGCUGCCUCCUCCACCUCCACCGGGGACCUGGAGAGGGCUGCCCGCAAGCAGUUCCAGCAAGAUGUCACGCCAGGCUUCGUCUAUGUCCUGGCCGUCUUCUCCGCCCUGGGUGGCUUCUUGUUCGGCUAUGACACCGGGGUGAUCUCCGGGGCGAUGCUCCUGCUGAAGAGGGAGCUGGACCUGAGCGCCCUGUGGCAGGAGGUGCUCAUAUCAAGUACUGUGGCCGCGGCUGCGCUGUCUGCCCUGCUGGGCGGCUUCCUCAACGGGCUCUUCGGGCGCAGAGUGUGCAUUCUGCUGGCCAGCUUCUUCUUCACCGUCGGGGGGAUCGUGCUGAGCACCGCCCCCAGCAAAGAGGUGCUUCUGACGGGGAGGCUCAUCGUUGGAGUGGGGCUUGGUGUUGCCUCUAUGACAGUGCCUGUGUACAUCGCCGAGGCCUCUCCACCCCACCUCAGGGGUCAGCUGGUGACCGUUAACACCCUCUUCAUCACUGGGGGACAGUUCACCGCCAGCCUCGUUGAUGGCGCCUUCAGCUACCUGCAGCGCGACGGGUGGAGGUACAUAUUGGGUCUGUCAGUGCUUCCCGCGGUGCUCCAGUUCAUGGGAUUCCUGUUCCUGCCGGAGAGCCCUCGCUGGUUGAUCCAGCGCGGGCUGACCCAAAAGGCCCGCCGCGUGCUCAGUCAGAUCCGAGGCAACCAGAACAUCGACGAGGAGUACGACAGCAUCAAGAACAGCAUUGAGGAGGAGGAGAAGGACAGCGGAGGAGAUGGCCCCGUGAUCUGGCGGAUGCUGACCUACCCCCCGACUCGGCGAGCCCUCCUGGUGGGCUGUGGUCUUCAAAUGUUCCAGCAGCUUUCAGGGAUCAACACCAUCAUUUACUACAGCGCCACCAUCCUGCAAAUGUCAGGAGUGCGGGAUGACAGGCUGGCGAUCUGGUUGGCCGGGCUCACCACCUUCACCAACUUCCUGUUUACCCUGCUGGGAGUGUGGCUGGUGGAGAGAGUGGGACGCAGGAAGCUCACUUUGGGCAGCAUCAUAGGUACAUGUUUGAGUUUGAGCCUGCUGGCCAUCGGUUUCCUGGUAUCUGCUCAGCACAGUCCUCCUGUCACCUUUCAUCCAUUAGACCCUGCCAUGGCCAACUCUACUUGUGCCAAGUACCAGCUGUGUGAGCCGUGCAUGCUGGACCCUGGAUGCGGUUUCUGUUACCGUGAGAACGGCUCGGCGCUCCUCACCUCCUCCUGUGUCCCAGUCAAUAAGGCCUCCACCGAGCAAGCAGCAUGGGGCAGAUGCUCCAACUCCAGCCUGAUGAGAGAUCAGACCUACUGGGCCUACAACUACUGUCCCACCUCCUACUCCUGGCUGGUUUUACUGGGUCUGGUGCUCUACCUCGCUGCUUUCGCCCCAGGGAUGGGUCCAAUGCCAUGGACCAUCAACUCAGAAAUCUACCCUCUAUGGGCAAGGAGCACUGGGAACGCCUGCGCUGCCGGAGUCAACUGGACCUUCAACAUCCUGGUGUCUCUCACCUUCCUCCACCUGGCUCAGUACUUCACCUACUACGGAGCCUUCUUCCUCUACUCCAGCCUGGCCUUGCUAGGUUUCAUCUUCAUCUAUGGCUGCCUGCCGGAGACCAAAGGCCGGCGUCUGGAGGAGAUCGAGGCGCUGUUCGAAAACCAGCUGUGUUCCUGCGGCGCCUCCGAUUCAGACGAAGGACGGCAGGUUGAGUACAUUCGGGUCAAAGGCUCGAACUACCAUCUAUCAGACAACGACGCAUCCGACGUGGACUAG